CUUUCCUUCAGUAGAGCUACUGAUUCAGGGUCGCUGGGACCUUCGCCUACUGUGGUGGUUCUUCGUACACAACUUUAGUUCGGAUACAUGGCGUAAGGCUUUCUUCACAGCAUCCUAACAUCUUCAUCUUGCCACUGGUGUAAGAGUUUUCUCGCGGUAAGUAUUACAGAAAAAGUCAAGAUUUCGUCCUCGAUGCCCAGUUUUCGUUUCGAUGUCGGCACGCAGGUGCUGUGCAACUUGGGCCAGUCCGGGUGGAAGAUGGGCAAGGUAAUUGCCCUGAACUAUCGUGAGGACGCAUGGCCGCCGGGGCAGAAAGCACCCUACCAGGUUGCGCUGGAGGGCGAGGACGGGGAAUUCCGAUUGAUUUACGUGCCGGUGGACGACGAUUACUGUUGUCGGAAACCGACUGACGAGGACUUGAAGAUCGCGAAUCGUGCGGACGCCCUCGCCGCGCUCCCGAACGAGACUGCGACCAAGAAGCAGGCGAACAAUAAAAACGAUGUUGGUACUAUUACGACCAAGAACGAGCUCGGCAGCACGGCUGUUUCUGUGAGUGACCACGUUGGAUACCGAGCGGGGUUGUGCCACUGCUGCCAGCCCCACCCGCAGAGCUGGUCCUGUGUGGAGCUUUACAGCGAGCACUACCGCGGGGCCACGAGGAAUGACCUGAAGGUGACGCGACGGUCGAUCGACCUGGGAAGCAAAAAAGUUGGAGCUGAGAUUGAGUGUUGCUCGUCGAAGGAAGUGGAUCUGUUGAGCAAAUCGGGUUUUAUGCAGCGUCCGACACUCGUCAGACUGCCGCCGGGUGUUCGCUUUGCUGACGAUGGGUCGCUGAAGGGAAAGGUACUGAUGCUGAUGUCUCGUCUGAAAAAUUGGAGCUGCACUACAGCAGGUACUAGUUCUUUGUCGUUUCUGCUUGUGGCGAGGUUGUUCUUGUUGUGAUUUUUCUUGCUUUUUGUAAUAAUCCCAGAUUCGUUUCGACCCCCAUCGCGAAUCUUCGUACAAAGUGGAGUUUGUCGCGGUCAGUGCGGUCGAUUGGAAGGAUCCAAAGAUUGGCCUUGUCCGGCUGGAAAUAACCUUCACCGUAUCAAGUGCGAAUAUGUCUGGGUCUGGAAGAAUGUAUGUUUGUCAUGCUUGUCUGGCAUGACUCUGAAAUCUGUCAUGCAUUGUACCCAAGAGAGCUCCAUUCUUCUCUCAUGCAGAAGCGCAGUUUGUCAUGCAGAAUAGGCAACACCUAGAAGCUCAAAAACUUGGCAUGCUGGGCCAGCACUUGUGGCCCCCUCAUGAUACGCCACCUAGCAUCACAAAUUUCCAGACCCAGACGCAUUUGCAUUUGAUGCACCGUUACGGACAACGACGAGCCGCUCGGAUUCGAUCCAGACGAGUUUGCGGCGAAACAGCAAGAAGCCUCUGCCGCCGCGGCGGGUAUCUACCAAAAGCUGUGCCAAACCUGGGACCGGUGGGAACGCUCGGAGCUGGACCAGCGGGAUACCUGUGACCUGAUGUGCGCCCACCUGGCCAGAUUGCGGGACUUGCUGGAGGAGCAUCCACGGCUUGAGGAUGGAUUGUGGUACAUGAAGUUUUCGUUCUACUUGGUCAAUUGAUGGUGAUGGUGCAUCAAUUUUCUGAUGCAAUGCCCAACCAGAAUUUUUUUCUGCAUCACCGCUAUAGCAUACAGACGAGAUGAAGAUCAAAAUAACCAAAACACCAACAAAAGUAGAAUCCAUACUAUCAUUAUCAAAAGGUGGGCCCAGCUGGGUGGGUUUUACAUGAACGUGCACAAGCUGCUCGAGAACACGCUUUUCGAGUGUGAACUCUAUCUGGGCUACGCGCUCACCUUCGGGAGCGUCUCCGUGCGGCAAAUUGCGGAGCAGAACCUCGAAGGCUGCUACCAGAAGCGGCUCCUCGAAUCGGCGCGGUUUCUUUGGAUCGACGGCGUGAAGCAGAUGAUGCACAACGAUUUUCGAGGUGCUAUCGAGACGUUUCAGAAAGCCACCGCGAAGAAGGACGGCUGGGGCUGGGCGGUCAACGUCGGCGACAUCUGGAUCUUCGAAGCGGCGGCACGGCUGAUCCUCACCGUAUGCAUUGCAAAAGUAUCGCACUCGCAUAAAUGCAUUACAGCGUUAGAAAUAUAGAUUUGUCAUGCGGAUCCGGAUUUGGGUGCAGAAAAAAAUUGACUGCAAUCACUACGAGUGCGAUACUUUUGCACAGGAUACACCGCGGAGGGGAACGAGAAGCUUUCCACCCAGGUCGACAAGCUGCUGGAGAAGCAUCGGGCGCGGUGCAAAAAGACCGGUACUUUCAAAUCGUCCGUACAUCCCUGGGCCGCGGAGGUGACCAGUGGGCUCAGUGCCUACCGUAACUUGCAGAGCAAAAAGUCAAAAUCUUCCUCGGACACCACGUCGAGCGACAGUGCCGGCUGGCUGGAGGGAUUCAAGAAGCGGACCCUGUUUUGGUGCGCGCAGGUGCUCGGCGGUGUGGCUCCCUUUCCCCCGAAGCCACGACCACGUCUCGAAGACGCGCAGGUUUUGGUAGACAGACUACCCGGACACAAUGUGGUGUAUGAAAGGUCGUAAAGUUUUGUUGUGUGGAUGGUUGUCUCAAAUUACUUAAAAUAGCAAUGGAGAUGGACGACGCUUUUAGUCUUCACGGGGUAUUAGCUGUCUGAAAUGAAUACAGAGUUUAGAAUGUUUCUGUUUCGCAAGUGAUGAGGCUUUGUUUUUGAAAUCAAAGAUGUUGCAGGCAGAUCGAGGUCUAAUUUUAUAACAAAAAGAAGGAACAAGAAUGCUGGAGUGGUUGCAGUGUCAGUGAGAAUGAAACGGCUACAUUAUGAGAAUUCUCGAUGAACAGCUCGUACACCUACGCCCUCUGCGUUACAAAAUUUUGCUUUAGAAUACAAGUGGUUGCAAAGAAAUCUUCUGACUCAAUGAGAAGACAAG